AAAUUCCACCCGCCGAGCUCAGAGCGAUCGCGUGAGCGCGCGCUUCCCGACUCCGCCACCUGACACGUGAGGCGGAGUGCAAAAGCGUCUCGGGAGGACGAGAGGCGAAAGAGUAAAAUGAUGGAUGGAGAGAAGCGAAGGGGAAGGGAGCGAAAGCAGCACAAGACCAAGCUCGGGGGGGACCGAACCGGAGCGGCUCACUCAUGACAUGAAUAGGCGCGCUCACAUCUGGAACAGCUUCAGCAGCCGCACCUGAAGGAGGACUAUUGCUUCUUUUUUUGCCCGGAAUGCUUUCCCCGCCGAGCAUGCGCAACUGAAAAAGAAACCCGCGAGGUCGGAAUGAGAAGUCUCAGAGGCUGAAGGAGUGAAUAACUUCAGAGUGAGAUUCGGCAAAGCUUCGCCCUGCUCCCUCCACAGGCGCACACACGCCGUUUGUUUUGGAGAAUGAUCCCAGGAAGCCACGCACCUUCCAGAGAGCCAAUAAUCCCCCACCCCCUUUACUUACCCAAAAGUCCCCUCCCUCCACCGGCCUCCCACCUCACCUGCACCAGUCACAACACGCCGUAGAUCCGCGGGGAGCUCUGAGAGCCCACCGGACACGGACGCAGAGACCAACUGAGAGUCACCGAGGCGGGAUGUCAAAAACCUCCAGGCUGGCCCGGCCUCCCUCAGCCGGCGCCGGAUCCAAGCUGCCCUCCCCCAGGAAGGAAUGCCCUGGCGUAACUUCUUCGGCCGGUCAGGCACGGGUACAGAGUGUUGGCGAGAAGCUGAUGAGAGCGGGCACUGACGGUGUGUUAACGAGGCAGAAAUCGCUCAUGGACAAAGCGGCGAGCCAAAACCUGUUGGAACCAAAGGGCCCAGGUGAGACCGGACCCACCGUGGAGUCAAACCCCCCGAAGAGUAAAUCCAACACGCCGAAAGCGGCGAGCCAGCUCCACGGUUCUGUACACAAGCCGACCAAGAGCAACCUGAGGGUCACCUCCCCCGAGGACGCCGAGUACGCCACAAGGAGGCAGGCCUCGCCAAAUGGGGCGCCCGCUUCCAGGGCAGACGCCAAAAGCAGCUGCCGCGCCGUCCCGCGGAGACACACCUUAGGGGGGGCCCGAGGUAGCCGAGAGAUCCUGGCCAUGCAGCCGCCCGACAUGGACAAGAAGAGGGAGGCCUUCCUGGAGCACCUCAAGCACAAGUACCCACAUCACGCCUCGGCAAUCAUGGGCCACCAGGAAAGGCUGCGGGAGCAGUCUCUGCAGGCCAUGCUCUACUCCCUGCACUCCGAGCUUGACAUUCAGAGCUACUUGAUGACCAUCCAGUCGCCCGGUCGCACAAGCAGAAGCCCCAAGCACUGCCCCAGCCCGCAACCCGGCGUGGACGUGGACCACCUCUCUCUCACAUCCCUGGACUCGGUGGAAAACAUGUCCGAGGUGGACGCGCCUAGCGGCUUCACCCGGGGAAGCCGGGUCCGUGCCAGCCUUCCUGUGGUCAGAUCCACCAACCAGACCAAAGACCGCUCGCUCGGCGUGCUCUACCUGCAGUACGGAGACGAGACUAAACAGAUCCGCAUGCCCAACGAGAUCACCAGCAUCGACACGGUCCGAGCUUUGUUCGUCAGCGCCUUCCCGCAGAUGCUCACCAUGAAGAUGCUGGAGUCGCCCAGCGUGGCCGUUUACGUCAAGGACGACAUGAGGAACGUGUACUACGAGCUCAGCGAUGUCAGGAAUAUCACAGACCACUCCUGCCUGAAAGUCUACCACAAGGACCCAGCGCAGGCUUUCAGCCACGGGGUCCGGCCGGCCAAUGACGACGCCAGGACGCACGGCGACAUGGUGAAUCCUCUGAGGCAGCCUCCAGGGGGAGCGCCGCCACACCACCCGUUACAGGCAACGCUCCCCUCCUCUCCGCAUUCCCCUUCCCGGAUUCCGUUCAGCCCGAGGCAGGGUUCCCUGCCCGGCAACGGCACCGUGCCCAGGGAGCGCCUGUCCACCGCCCCGGCCCGCUCCAGCUCCCCCUCCCCCAGUGCCAUCUUGGAGAGGCGGGAUGUCAAGCCUGACGGCGACAUGGGCGGAAAGGGUCACGGUGGCAGUCGGGCCAACGAGGGCCUCUACGCCGACCCCUAUCUUCUCCAGGAGGGACGCUUGGGCAUGACGACGGCCCACUCACAGCACCCCAACGACGGGCCGGAACACGGUUUCCACCGGGUGUCCAUCCGCUCUACCGGCUCUUACGGGGCGCCCAGCCCCAUAGACUCAAUCGACCACCCAUCCCUGUACAGGCAGAAGUCAAGAAACAGCCAACUUCCCACGCUGGGCUCCAAGACCCCUCCGCCGUCCCCUCACCGAAUGACCGACGUGCGGCUCAUCGACAUCCACGGUGGUGUUCCCAUGGAGAGGAGCUCGUCGGUGCGGCAGUCCUUCAGGAAAGAGGACGCGAUGGGGACCAAGGGCAGGAGUAACACGGCGCCGUCAGACGUCCACCCUCAAGGGCCCGUCCCGGCCGCGAGUGACAUUCAGACACGAGAGCGAAUGAAGGCAAUGGAGCAACAGAUUGCCAGCUUGACUGGUCUUGUUCAGCAUGCGCUUUUAAAGGGGCCAGACAAGGAGCCUCUAAGUGAGAGACCCUCAAAGACGUCGUCUCCAGCCCACAGUGCGCACAGCUCGAGUGGCUCACCGGUUUUGGCACCCAAGUGCCACGCUUCCGCUGCGGCGGCGGCGGCGCCGCCACAAGACAAGCAGAGCCAGAUUCCUCUCAAAGCCAACCUGCUGCAUUUCAGAAAGAAUGUGUCGGAUCUCAGGAUGCAACUGCAGCAGAUGAGGCAGCUGCAGCUCCAGAACCAGGAGAUCAUGCGAGUGCAGCUUAAACGAGCCGAGCAGGAAAUUGGCGCGAAACUGGCAGAGGCCCUGCGACGCCCGGAAGACCCUGUCCAAAAGCAGAGGGUUCUGGUGGAAGAAGACCGGCAGAAGUACUUGGGCCUGGAGGAGCGCUUGCUAACACAGCUCGGUGAUCUGGAGCAAUACGUGGGCACUCUCCAGAAGGACUUGUUGGGGACUCACCGAGCGGUGACCCUCAAGGAUGUGGAGGAGGGGGCGGUGACUCUGAGGAAGGUGGGAGAGUCGCUGGCAGGCCUGAAAGGAGAGUUUCCGGCCCUGCAAACCAGAAUGCGCGCCGUGCUCCGCGUGGAGGUGGAAGCCGUCAAGUUUCUCAAGGAGGAGCCUCACAAACUGGACAGCAUGCUGAAAAGGGUGAAGAGCCUGACGGACACGCUGAGCUCUCUGAGAAGAUCUGCAAGUGAGAGCAGUCAGCGAGUGGCCGACCCUUCUUCUGAAAUCCCAGGGGAGACCCCACCAGCAUCAGUAUCCACAGCGGCCCCGCCGGAGUCCCAGAGCUCCACCGUAAAAUCUGAGGUGAAGCCUUCCUCUCCGGUGGUGAUCCAUCACGUCCAAAGCUCUCCGGUUCCUGUGCGGCAAUCGCAGCAGUCCGCCGGCUUGUCCGCCGCUCAGCCUAGCCCGCCUCUCGCAGCCAGCCCCACUCCCUUCAACGCUCCCAGCCUGAGCAAGAGUCAAGGCCGGGAGUCCCCCAAGGCGACGUCCGCGGACCCGCCGAGCCCGGCCCACCGUAAGAUGACACAUGGGAGUCCGGUGAACCACGGCAACGGGACCGCCAACCAGGGUCUGGUCAUUGAGGAACUGCAGCAUAAUAAGGAGGAACGCAAGAACAGAGCAAUGUCCAUCGAGGCAGCAGAGAAGGAGUGGGAGGAGAGAAGGCAGAACAUGGGUCAAUACGAUGAAAAGGAGUUUGAGAAAAUCCUCCAGGAGGCAGAGGCCAACAUGAUCAAGGGCCUUUCCAGCCCUGAUGUGGAAAGUAACCCACUGCUGCCCCCUGCUGCCUCCAGUGAGCAAGCGAAAAUCCCCCUGAAGUCCCCAACAGAGCCUCAACCUGAGCCUCAGUUGGACAAACCAGCUAAGAGGGUUCCGGAGAAGCUUUCGAAGCUGGUGAUGGAAAAAACUGCCAAACCAGCUCCAGAAAGACACCCUAAAACCCCCGGGAAACCCGCAUCCCCGGAUUCUUUUAAUAAGAUGGGAUCUGAAAAGCUCGCCAAGUCCCCACCACCGCCACCUCCCAGGAAGACCUUCGGCAACUCCGGCAUGACCACCACACGUUCUGGAGAGGUUGUCUACACCAGCAGAAAGGACUCUCAGGAGGGGGAGGAGGAGAGACUGCUCCCUGUCGCCCAAAUCAAGCCCAACAAAAGUGUCCCACUAGAACCCAGGAAGCCCGCUACCCCACCUCCUGUUGUUGCCAGGGAGGAGGAGGAUGAUAGCGACAGGAUCAUGGCAGAACUCCAAGUUUUCCAGAAGUGCACAGUUCAGGAAGUCGGGCCGCCAAACACGGCGGAGCCCGCUCCUCACAUGGAACCUCAAAUAAGAGAGCUAAGAGCGGACAAGAAGCAGAGCUCAGAGCCAAAACAGGAUGAAAAAGAUCCUGACACGGACGAAAAUGGAAACACGACUGUCCGGCAAAGCCAAGGGGUCAUAUACUACGUGACCGGAAAGAUUCCAAAAGAGCAGCCGCACCAUUCCGGAAUGGAGGAAUCCCACGAACACCGGGAGUCCGCCCAGUCUCCAUCACAGGUGUCAAAUGUCACUGUUAACGACAAUUCUCCAGGCCAGCCACAGCAGCAGGAUCAGCGACCGCCAAAAUUACCGGCACCUAAAUCACCACCGCCUAAGUCAGCACCACUCAAGUCCCCACCGCCUAUUUCACCCAAACCUGCAGGACUGACUGCAUUCAAACUACCCAGGAAGCCCCUAAAACGCUCUGAGUCCUUGAAGACCAGUGCCGAAAUGGAGAAGGGGAAGAACCUGAACAGAAUCGGCACAGAGAAGAAGAGUCAGCUCGUACUGGAGUCUGUCUCUUCCAGUAAUGUAAAAGCUGAGGCUGGAGCGACCGCGUUAGCCAGAGAGGGAUCUAAAAGUUGCGCUCCACCACCACCGCCAAGGAGGUCAUCAAGUGAGGAGCACAAUCCGCCUAAAUGUAACUUUGAGGAAGCUAAUGAAGAGGCUAGUCUUAGUCCUGACUUACCAGGAGAAGAGGCACCUCCUCCACCGGACAACAUUGCCUUUAUGAUAACUAACACUAAGGUUCAGGCCCUUUCUUGUGGGGAGUACAAGGAAUUGGUCAAUGCCAAGAGGGGAAGCGUCCAGACUGUGACUGUCGGUGGAGCGAACAAUGCAGAGGAUUCCGACUUGCCUCUGGAUAAUGGCUUCAACAAGAAGCCCGUCAUCAUUAUUUUCGAUGAACCCAUGGACAUCCGGGCCGCCUACAAACGCCUUUCCACCAUCUUUGAGUGCGAAGAGGAACUAGACCGGAUGCUCGCGGCGGAGCGCAUCGACGAGGAGAGCGAGGAGUCGGACACUGACAGGAGCGGCGGGCUACAGGUGAAAACCGGGGUGCCCGGGUCAGUUGACGGCGAACAGGUUACUUCUUCUCAAGCCGCCGAAGACCAUACCAGCCUGUCAUCGUCAUCGUCGUCAUUAAUUUUGGACUCAACAGACACUGGAGUAACGAACGGAGAGGCCAAGCAGGAUAGCAAGAAAAAGUUCAAGUUCAAAUUCCCCAAGAAACAGUUCGCAGCACUUACCCAAGCCAUUCGCACGGGCACCAAGUCGGGAAAGAAGACAUUACAGGUGGUCGUGUAUGAGGAUGAGGAGGAAUCGGACGGAACUGUAAAGCAGCACAAGGAAGCCAAGAGAUUUGAGAUCUCGCGCUCAAAAUCCUCAGCGGAGUCCCUCAAGGCACCGAGCCCCGCCCCGCUAAAGAGGCACAACUCGGACUCUGUCUGCAGGACCAACGAGAUCCGUAAGAACACGUACAAGACACUAGACAGCUUAGAACAGACCAUCAAACAGUUGGAGACCACCAUUAACGAGAUAGGACCCGUUUCUUCCGAAGAGCCGGUUUACUCUGAGGUGAAAAAGGGAGAGAAUGGCAAAGUGUCUGAAGGGCUGCGGCGGUCCGCCUCGCUUCCAACUUCCAAGGUGUCGGCACUAAAGCUGGCCAGCAAAGGUUCAUUUCAGAAGAAGCAUAAACCUCUGCUCCUUCCACGCCCUGUAGUCAUCCCCGCCAGCAGCAGCUCCAGCACCACCGCCAUCAGUGCCCCCAGUACCCCCAGCACCAUCCAACAGAAUACCAGUGUCGCUUCCCCCACUAGUCGGAUGCCCAUCCCUUUGUCCGCGAAGUCCAGGCAGUCGCCGGCUACGACUGACAAAGCAGGAAAACAGCCAAAACUGCAGGACGCUCAAAGGCAGUUCCGACAGGCUAACGGAAGUACUAAAAGAGUGGGAGCGGAUCAUAAAACUACCUCCCCCGCUGUACCCGUCUCUAAAAUCCCCGCUUUUUACCCUAGCGCUACUAAAGGCGGCUCAGACGCCGCUAAUCCCGCUAACCCGUCCUCCUCUUCCAAGUCCUCCCUCCCGUCCUCCCAUAACGCUCGCUCGGCUUCCCUGCCCUCUUCGCACAUCCCCUCCCUGUGCAACGGCUCCCUCAAACCCCCCUCGCAGCACGCGGCUAAAGCUCUCUCCUUCUCCUCGCAGACCCCCAACGGUCGAGUCCAUUCUUCCUCCUCCUUCUCCUCUUCAUCCUCUUCUUCUACCUCCCCUUCCCUUCUAUCGCCUUUGGGCCCGGGCGGAAAGAGCAUCCGCACCAUACACACCCCCAGCUUCACCAGCUACCGGGCCCACAACGGCAGCAGCGGCAAAUCCUGCAUCCCGACAGCCUCGGCGGCUAAGGACUAGCCCCGCUUUAGCUCCUUCGUAAUCCACGCGGCCCCCUAACUCCUCUUGUGUAGCAGCAAAAACUGUACUGUCUGUUUUUUGGGAGGGGGGGGGUUCUCUUUCACGCAGGGACCAUGCAAAAUAAAAUGGCAUAAUCAGAGCUGUAACAGAAAAAGUGGCAGGCGGUGAAUUUGGCCCUUAGUGGGGCCUAACCACAAUAUAUAAAUACCGGUAAUCAUCUACAAUCAUGACAAAACAUGAUUGCUACUUUGACUGGUUAGCCAGUUGAAUUUGCCCUUAACAAGUUUUGCUCUGACCAACCAAUCAGAUGGUGGAGAAUGUUAAUGUGAAGCAAAUUCAUUCAUUCAUCUUCCGAACCGCUUGAUCCUCACUAGGGUCGCGGGGGGUGCUGGAGCCUAUCCCAGCUGUCUCUGGGCAGUAGGCGGGGGACACCCUGAUCCGGUUGCCAGCCAAUCACAGGGCAUACAGAGACAAACAACCAUCCACGCUCAUACUCACACCUAGGGACAAUUUAGAGCGUUCAAUCAGCCUGCCACGCAUGUUUUUGGAAUGUGGUAGGAAACCGGAGCACCCGAAGAAAACCCACGCAGGCCCGGGGAGAACAUGCAAACUCCACACAGGGAGGCCGGAGCUGGAAUCGAACCCGGUACCUCUGCACUGUGAAGCCGACGUGCGAUCCACUGGACUACCGUGCCGCCUGAAGCAAAUUUGAAAUGUUUAAAUGUUUAAAAAAUAAUAAUAAUAACGAUAAUAACCAUAGUUGAAGUUUGAUCUAAAAUCGCUACUCUGCGUCUGAAGGCCCUGGGCAGAUUAGAUUGGCACAACAGCAUAUGGAGGCUGAUCUCUGACUGAACAAAUUCAACAUCACAUGUAGCCACAUGAAACACUACAAAAUGAAGAAAAUCGACUGUGGGUAAUGAACUAAUAUAAUAUUCCACGGAGAUGGAGCAAAUAUUGACAUUUAUAAAUAGUGUUAAACCAGCAGAGAACGCUUUUCUGGCCCACGACUGCCUUGAAAAAAAAAAGUCAAAUACUGCAUUCAUUGCAACUGACCGGUAGAGAAUGAGUAACCCCCUCUGUUACGGCUCUGAUACUUUGUCCUAUUCCAGCUCAGUUUAUUUGUACAGAACAGUGUAAAAAAAAAUAUACGAGCAGUGUGAAAGGGGCUUCUACAUUAGAAUCAGAUGUACUAUAUUACACAUAGGGUGUACAGAUUGUUUUAUUUUUUUCGUACCAGAGCUUUGGAUAAGCGUAGUAUAUUUAAUCUGUCAAUGCGUAUCCACCCUUGUAAAUGCCUUGUAAACAGACCCGAGUAUUUUUCUCAUCAAAGUGAAUGCGUCUCAACUGCCAACAUUUGGGGAGCGAAAUAGAAUAAGAAGCAUCACGCUGACCAAUAACAUAAGUGUGCCUACUUGCCAAAGUUAUCCAAGUUUUGGGUGGUGGAAUUUAGGGGAAUACGCACCCAUGUACUGUCACGUAACCCGUACUCGAGAGGAAACAAAACGGUGGAUGUACAGAAGAGUAAAUUGUCUCUCGACUAAGACAAGUAGUUUUAAUAACGCACCAAAGUUUAUGAUUCGUAUGCAUGCCUAUCCAUCAGAUACCUUAGGAGAGCGGUGUAGAAAUAAAAGAAUUAUGUUUGCACAGAUUGGACCAUGUAAAUAUUUUCUUUUUUGUUUGGUUUUUGUAAAGCUUUAAGUCAUAUCGCCAUGUUGAGUAGCAGCAGACAUUGAAACCUGGAAAGCAAGGGUGGGCAAACUGUUCUAAAAAGCCUCAAAAAAAUGCUUGUCGUCUUUAUGACCUCAUGAAGGUUGUUUGAUCGACACAUCUUACAGGUUUUUUUUCCCCAUCAUUUAAAAUAGGAAAAAGAUUCCCCACUCCUGCUGGAAUGCGAGCUUCCAUUUUUGGAUUUGAAUAAAAGGCUUAAAA